UAACAGGCUGGAUCAAAUCCGCAAUUGCAAAUAAGCCUUCAUAUCGUGAUUGGAAAGCCCAAACAAAAGCCGCUUGCUGGGAAGGGAUCACCCAACCACCUGGAAGGGAUUCUACCUUUCAUGUCUCGGUCUGAUCAUUUCCAACAUUGUCUGGCGAGCCCCCCUUCCGCCUGCUGCCAGCAUGAGUUCGCGCAGGCAUGGUGGCGGCGCGUCCAGGCCUGCUGGCCCUCUCUGGCCGCUGCUGAGCAGGCGGCGGUUUUGGCGGGGUGCCCUGCUGGUGGCCUUGCUGGUACUGGCCUGCCUGCAGCGCCAGCACCUGGGAGCGGCCAUCAGCGCAAUUGCCAGGAGGGGGCUGAUGCGCACCCAAGGACAGCAACCAGGAACGGAGGGGACCCGCAAUGUCAUGAACUUCGAGUUUCUGUGGAUGGCUCCGUUCCUAUCGGGCGGUGGCUAUGGUGCGGAGGCCACGGCAUUUGUGCUCCCCCUGGCGGGCACCCCGGAGCUGCGGGCGGUGCGCAUCGCGCUGCAUGGGGAUAGUGUCAACUACGACUAUGUACAGGGCAUUCCCCCCGAGCAGAUGCAGGUGCUGCAGCGCCUGGCGGACCCCUCCCCCGCCGGCCUGCCCAGCGUGGUGGUGUGCCACAGCGAGCCGGGGGCGUGGGACCCUGCGCUGUUCCAGACCAGCCGCUGCCCCCCGCGCGGCUACCACGCAGCGCUGUACGUCAUUGGGCGGACCAUGUUUGAGACGGACCGCGUGACCGCGCACCACGUGCAGCGCAUCAACCGCAUGGACGAGGUGUGGGUGCCCACCGACUUCCACGUCACCACCUUUGCGGCCAGCGGCGUGGACCCUGCCAAGAUUGUGAAGAUGGUGGAGCCUGUGGACGUGGACUUCUUCAGCCCACAACACGCGGACGGCACGCCCCGCGCGGCCCUGCUGCUGCCCGUGGGCAAGCGCAUCCUGGGCCCGCGCUACGAGGCGCUGGACCGGCCGUUCGUGUUUUUGAGCGUGUUCAAGUGGGAGGCGCGCAAGGCGUGGGACGUCCUGGUAGCUGCCUACCUCACCGAGUUUACUGCUGCUGACGCGUGCGUGCUGCUGCUGCUGACCAACCCGUACCACUCCGACCGCGACUUCGACUCCAAGGUGACGUCUUUGGUGGCCCGGCUGGGCCUGACCCGCCCCGCCGCGGGUUGGGCCUCCGUAUACCUGGGGGACCAGCACGUGCCCCAGACGGACCUCCCCGCGCUGUACCUGGCGGCGGACGCGUUUGUGCUGCCGUCGCGUGGGGAGGGCUGGGGCCGGCCGCACACGGAGGCCAUGGCCAUGCAAGUGCCCAUUAUCGCCACCAACUGGUCCGGGCCCACCGAGUACUUGCGGGAGGGCAACAGCUACCCGCUGCCCAUCAGCCGGCUGGUCCCCGUUGAGGGCGGCCCGUUCGACGGCCACCUGUGGGCGGAGCCGUCGGGGCAGGACCUGGCGCGCCUGAUGCGCCACGUGUACACCCACCGCGAGGAGGCGCGGGCCAAGGGACGGCAGGCGCGGCGAGACAUGCUGGCAUAUGCGCCACAGGCAGUGGCGGGGCAAGUGCUGGCGCGGCUACGGCAGAUCGAGGCCAAGCUGAUCAAGGCUGGCAGGCUGGGGGCCGGAAGGACACGCGCGAGCACGCUGAGUCAGGCUGCGGACUUGAUCGACGAUGGAGCAGGGGAAGAUCUAUAGAUGAUGCUACCGUCCAUGGUCGAGAGCUAGGAGAAGCAAGGCUGCGAGCGCGCACUUUUCUUCCAUGUGUUGGUCAUAGUGCAUUCUCUUUGACUAGGUUAGUAUCGUUGCGGUAGCGGUUUGCAAACGUUUUAGAAAAGACAAUGCUGUACUGCUGUUACGCUAUACACAGUCAAACAUUCUGAUCGGCAACAUGCACUGGCGACUUAGAAAAACAACAAGUCACACUGCGGCACGUGUUUGUAGGGCACCGUACAUACUCAGGCUCACGAGAGAAGUAAGUUUACCUUCUAACGGCUCUUACAAACCACACGGAGCUCCCUGGAAGUCUUUCUGACCAUGAACCAUCGAAAAUUGUCGUAGCUGGCCGCCAUGCUGAGCACUCGUUCUUGUGUGCUAGAUCUCAAUGUAAAGGGCAUUGAAUCCAUUGUUUUGAC